CACCGCCAACAUUCGAAUUCUCAUCUGUUUGACAGCUGUCGUCUGUAAACAAAGGAACAGAUCGAAGACGACUGAAAAUAAUUUUGAAAACUUAUAGAAUAGACUGUAAAAGUUUGGCUUUUGCAGUUUAAUUGUUUAAUUUUGAUAUCUAUUUGCACGAUGGUACAGAUUGACAAACUGCAAAAUGGAGAAAACCAAGGACAAAAUGAAUUAUUUUGGAAAGGUGAAAUUGGGUCAAGAAAUCAAGUUCAGACUGACCUGAAAGAAACUACGUCAGGACAAACGCCGAAAAAAGCAGCACAGACAUCAUUUUCAGCAUUUACUCCAAAGGUGGAGUGUUUAUUUAAAAAGCUUCAGAAACUGAAAGCAGCCCAGGACAAAAUUGGACAUGUAUUGAGAAUUCCUUCAGUGGGUACUGAUGACAGCAUAGGGGUAGCAGAGCGGGACUCUGCAGUAACCACCAUAAAGUCCAUGCAGACAUUCUACAACUACAACAGCGACACUUUUGGAGCUGCUGUCUACUAUCUAGAUAGAUUCAUUACUAAAGUUAAGGUGAAACGAAGGUACCUUUCAUGUGUCACAUCAGCAGCCUUCUUUCUGGCCACCAAAAUGAAUGAAGAAGCAGAGUUUCACCCAAGUGCGUCAGAUCUUGCCAGCCUUAACUGCCAUUCAUGGAAACCGUCUGAUCUCAAGAGAAUGGAGAAGUUGAUGCUAGACAAACUCGAGUGGAGCUUGCAUUCAUCCCCUACUUGCAUCACAUUCCUAGAGACAUUGUAUGAAUUGUUGAGGGUGUUUAACUUUGCCUAUGAAGCUAUCAACGAGGACCUAUUCCUUACCAUGGUGGAGAGAUCUGAGCUGUACCUGAAUUACUCUGCAUGUGCCAAAUAUAAUCCCUGCACGCUUGCCAUGUCAGUUGCACAUCAGUGUUUGAAAGAAAUUGGCAUGGCUUCCAUGAUGAAUCGCUACAUUCUGCUUCACAUACAGGCUGUCAUGCAGGUGAGCGACUCAGAACUGUCAGGCUGUCAGUGUGCUAUCUCCAAACAGCUGGAGCUGUACAACCUGUGUCCACAAACCCGUCCCAAAUGUCUGCCUGUCCCUAGAAUUGUGCCUCGGCCCAGUCUGGUGAAAAGACCGAGCUUUUAUGGAACCACCGACUUGCCAACUAUAGAAGAAGUGCCAUGGAGUUGUGAAUCAAGUGAAGAGGAAGAUACUGUUAGUCCGAGUGAUGUUUAUUGCCCUUCUGUGGAUCGUCUCCCUUUAUUUGGAAAUGCUGCGCAGAAGUUAUCAAGUAGCUACUGUCUCCUGGUUGAACAGUGCUUGAAUCGAGGGGACUCUUACUUUGUUUGUAAACCUCAGUGCAAUAUUUUAGUCAUUUAGUUUCCUUGAAAGUUUUCUUUUGAGGAAUAAACACAUCUAGUUUAAACAUGAUUUGCUGUUCUAGUGAGAGAUUUGUUUUUAUAGUGUAUCAAGAUAUAUACUCAUGUUAUUGUGUGUUAAGGGUUGGCUGUUGUGUUAGUAAAUGUUGUGAGUUUCAUUAAAAAAAAUCUGUUAAAUGUGUUAGGUAAAUGUAUUAUUGUCUCCUACGGGUUUCACCGGAGUGUUCUUAUGGUUUGCGCUCUGUGUGUCUGUCUGUCAGUCCGUCACACCUUUCUGGAUCCUGCGAUAACUUAAAAAGUUCUUCAUAUUUUUUCAUGAAACUUUAAACAUGGAUAGAUGGCAAUAUGGACAUUAUGCAUGUCAUUUCAUUUUGUUCCUUCGUCAACAAUUCUGGUUGCUUUGGCAACAAAUAUAUAAAAAAAAUCUGACAAUGGUGGAGCCGGUAGGGGACAUAUAUUGCUUGGCAAUAGUCUUGUUGAAUGAGUUAUUUUUAAAAUUGAAGUUGAAAUACUGUGCAUGUAACUUGUAAGGUGUUUUAUUUAUGCAAGUUGUUGUAGCAUUGCAUUAUUAUUCAUACUGGUAUUUACUCUUUAACAUGUAUGCAUUCUCAAGUAGGAAUCCUGUUUAGUGUUAGAAUUCAGAUCUUAAAAGUGAAUGGAAAUACAAAGCAAUAGUUGAUAAACAGAUUGUAACGAACAUGCAUGGUUUUUGCUAAAAUGCUUUACUUUAGAGUGAAUCUGUACAUGUUAGACUUUAAUAACAUGCUUUUUGUUUACAUGACAAAACACAUUUUGUGAAAAAGGAAUAAUUGAUAAAUGAUGAUAUUAAUAACUGAGUGGAAACUGAAUGUCAGGACUUAUAUUUGCAUAUGGACCAAAUGCAUGGGCUUGUAAAAUAUUUCAUUAUAAAAGUUGCUGUGAUAAAUCAUUGUCAUCCAUACCAUACUUUUUCUAUGUUCUUUUGGGUAUUUAAACAACAAUUUUUGUUCUGUGUCAAUUUUGUUAAGUCUUAAUUAAAGGCCAUCUUGUUCUCUGAUCUACCUAUAUUCUUUAGUUGCAUAUCUGUAAUUUUCAUAAAGUUUCUGAAAUCCGUUAUUGAUCUGUGUACUUUAUUAAUGCUGUUUCUGUGCUCUCAUAUACGCAAGUCCAUUUACAUUGGUUGUUGUAUAAAUGUUCACGUUUUUAACUGGAGCAAUAUUUGCCCCUCACUGCCAUUGCAAUCUUGUUUAACCUAGUGUAUUUUUAUAAAGAUUUUAUCAUCCAAGAUGUAUGUUUUAACAGUAUAAUAUAUACAAAUAAUAUUUAUUUAAAAACA